AUGAAGCUCCAGUACCUUCUCACUUCCCUUUUCGGGCCAUUGGCCGCCGCCUUGACCAUUGCUGAGAUCAAUGGCAACCAGUACCUUUCGUCGUACAAUGGGAAGAAUGUCACCGAUGUCGAGGGUCUCGUCACGGCUGUUGGUAGCUCGGGCUUCUACCUGCGAUCCACCAAGCCUGACCGCAGCUCUGUCACAUCCGAGGGCUUGUAUGUCUUUGGCAGGACCGCUGUUAGCAAGGUUGCCGUCGGAGACAUUGUGACUCUCGAUGGCCUCGUUGAGGAGUAUAGGUCCAACAAUGACUACAUCUACCUCACAGAAAUCACCUCUCCUCGAAACAUUGUCGUUAAGUCGUCCGACAAUGAGUUCAAGCCCAAGGUCAUUGGCAAGGACACGCCUCAGCCUCCACGGAAGCACUUUUCCAAGCUGGAUGAUGGUGAUAUCUUUGGCGUGCCCAAUGCUGAGAGCCGCAUUUCCGAGGUGAACCCCAAGCUGCAGCCCAACACCUACGGUCUGGACUUUUGGGAGAGCCUCUCGGGUGAGCUCGUCACCGUUCGGGGCGCCUAUGCCAUCAGCCGCCCCAACAACUAUGGUGAUUUCUGGGUCAGGGGUGACUGGAAGGUCUCUGGUCUGAACCGUCAUGGUGGUUUGACCAUGCUUGACCGUGAUGCCAACCCCGAGGCCAUCACCAUUGGCUCGCCACUCGACGGUACCAAGAAUGCCGACGACACCAAGCUCGGUGACUACAUCGGAGAAAUCACCGGUGUUGUCACCUACGCCUUUGGCUUCUAUCGCAUUCUUCCUCUGACUGCCACCAAGCCCCAGAAGCGCUCUGAUGCCGAGCACCCUGCCGUUAGCUUCACCAGCAAGGGCUCUUGCAAGGGUAUCUCCGUCGCCGACUACAACACUGAGAACCUCAACCCCCAGUCGACUCACCUCCCUCUCGUUAUUGAGCAGAUCGUCAACAAGUUGCGCACUCCUGACUUGAUCUUCCUGCAGGAAGUUCAGGACAACUCGGGUGCCACCAAUGACGGUGUUGUUUCUGCCAACUUGACACUGGCGGCCCUUGCUGAUGGUAUUGAGGAAGCCAGCGGUAUCGAGUACGCCUGGACUGAGGUCGAUCCCGUGAACAACAAGGACGGUGGUCAGCCUGGUGGCAACAUUCGCACAGCAUUCUUGUACCGACCGGACGUUGUCGAGCUCGUCAAGCCCAACGCCGGAGCUUCCGAUGCUGCCAACGAGGUGCUCGACGGCCCUACCCUCAAGUACAACCCUGGCCGCAUUGAUCCCGCAAACGCUGCUUGGGAUGACAGCCGUAAGCCCCUUGUUGCCAUGUGGAAGCCUCUCAAGGGAACCCAGAAGCCUUUCUUCACCGUCAACGUGCACUUUGGAAGCAAGGGUGGUUCGACUUCGAUCCACGGUGACCCCCGUACUCCUGUCAACAAGGGUGUUGAGAAGCGCACACAGCAAGCUCAAGUCACUGCUGACUUUAUUGCCCAGAUCCUCGAGAAGGACCGCAAGGCGCACAUCAUUGCUGCUGGUGACUUUAACGAGUUCGCCCAGGUUGCGCCAAUCCGAACCUUUGUCAAGCAAUCUGGCCUCGUUGAUCUUGACGAUGCUGCCAAGAUCCCUGAGACUGAGCGCUACACAUAUCUCUUUGACUCCAACUGCCAGGCGCUUGACCACAUGUUUAUCAGCAAGGAACUGCGUCACGGCGUCAAGUAUGAGCAUAUGCACAUCAACACUUGGCAGGACAAGGCGGGCGAGGUUAGCGACCACGAUCCCAGCGUGGCCUUGUUCGAUAUGUGCUAG